AUGCAUGAACCUCAAAUUGCCCCCGACGAGGAACGCACAGUCAGACAGAGAAGGCAUCAUCGUCGUUCCAGGAACGGUUGUCAGCAUUGCAAAGCUAGGAGAAUCAGAUGUGAUGAGAAGAAACCCGUUUGUGGAGGUUGUUGCAGGAGACAAGUAGACCACUUGUGCGUCUACCCUUCAUGGAUAGAGGAAGCUCCGGCAGUAUAUGCUACUGCCUCAACAAGCUCCUCCAUCUCACAACCUCAUCCCUCAUCACACCAAUCAACGCCGAGAGUCGACGGGCAAUACUCCAGCAUCGCCGCGUCUCCUGGUAUCAUCAGAAAUCUCGAUCUUCUGGAAUCAUUCCCACCAACCCAACUCGAUGAAUUGCUUGACGUUACUUCAGGCUGGAUGACCGACGAACUUUCGCAAAUAGCUGCAGCAUUGAACAAACAGCAGACUGCCCUUACUCAGAACGUGUAUACAACUUCACCAUAUGAAUGGUCGUCUUCCCGAAUAGUACAGCAGCCAGAUCCUCUUAUCGCUUAUUUCCCUUCCGUAGAACAGCGACACCUGUUUCGUCACUUCCUCGCAGAAACUGUUCCUUUUCUUGUUGUUGUUCCUACAUCUCCAGCCAAGAACCCUUGGCACACUCACACGGUCAGCCUCGCUUUGGGGAAACCGUUCGGACAGGAUGUUUACCACGACGCAUUCCGGACGGCUCUCAUAUCUCUUGCGUCAUUCGAUCUCGGAAUGAAAUGCAAUACGUCCCUUCGACAUUCUGACGAUAACGCAAUGUAUUCGCUCAGCUAUGAUCAGAGAGCCGUCGCUUUAGAGUUGAUCGGAUUAGGGGAAGGACUUGCCGAGAAAGACAAGGAUGCUACUGAUCUGACCUUGGCGACUGCACUCGCUUUAGCCAUACGCGAUAGACUGGCGGGAUUGCAGGACUGGGAGCGGCCCAUCGCAUUAGGAGUAAAAGCUAUCAUGGCGCAAGAUGGUCCUGCGGUAUAUAUCGCCAAGAAUCCGACCCAUCAAAGACGGAUGUAUGACAAACUGGGUACCUCCCAAGAUUGUUUCUUGGGACAACGAGUGGCUGGAUUGGGAGGGCGAGAACGGUCCGCCUUGCAAUUCUGUGCACGAAGCAUAAUGUUGAGCGACGAAUAUUGUGUCAUUGAACGGACACGACGUGGAAACUUGAGAUACGGCUAUACUUCGAUAAAUUCCGCCGUUGAAUUGAAAAAAUUGGUACUGUCACAACGAAGAGACGGGUUGCUGCGGGAAGUUCACACCUUGCAAUCUAGAGCUCUGCUUUCCUCGACGACAACUCGGGCCAUACAAGGAGUGUCUUGCCUCCUCAUUUGCAUGGAGAUCGUUCUCAUUACGGCCGACGGAGAGUCUCUGAACAUUGACGCUAUCCAGCCAAAAGUGCGCGUGGUUCUUGACACGGUGGAUGAGGCUUUCUUGAAAGGAACAUACACUGGGUACGUUUCGAGAGAUGACGAAUCCCUGCUAAUCGAUAGGUUUCUGCUGCCUCUGGUUUGGAUGGCCAUAUGUGCUGCAUCUGACAACAAAGAGCGGAUCAAGAGAUUAUUCUCCAAGCUUCAACUUAAUUGCCAUCUUGAUCCAAGCCUGAUGAAACGGUUGAUGCAUUUUAAUUGGUCGGACUACGCUACUGCAAGCAUGGAUACGUGGAUUGAAGUCAUGAGGAGCACCGGGACUUAUGUCCCGCUCUUUUGA